AAAGAAGUAAACCAUUUAAGGUAUGAUAAAAGCCCGAUAACCAUUUGUGAUAGGAACUGUAGUGUGAUACCAUAAGGUCAAAGGUUGUUGAUGAUUGCGGGCACGCAAGUGACACUGAGCAAAGAAGUCAACGUCCACACGGCGUUUUCCACAGCGUUAGAGCCAUGUCCUGGUCGCUAAAAGACUGAAAACUCACACCAGCGAUCCCACUGAACCAGAGAGGUCCGAGAAGGUCUUCAAGUAACGUCGGAGUGAAUGGCAGUGGUUCUGAAGAAGUGUAAAAGAAAUGGCGUCAAAUUGGUCCAGGAAACGUGUUCUGUGCGUUUUCUCAAAAAGAGACUACCGAUCGUGGCAUGGCUGCCCAGGUACAACCUCGAGAAGUUCCAGGGAGAUCUGAUCGCAGGUUUGACGGUUGGUUUGACCGUGAUUCCCCAGGGUUUGGCUUAUGCUGCAGUCGCCGAGUUACCUCUUCAGUAUGGUCUGUAUUCAGCCUUUAUGGGCUGUUUCAUCUACUGCCUGUUUGGCACAUCGAAGGACGUCACACUGGGACCAACGGCUAUCAUAUCGCUGAUGACGGCUGAGUAUGCGAAGGGGGAACCUACGCUCGCUAUCGCUCUCUGCCUUUGCGCAGGACUUGUACAGUUUGCCAUGGGUGUCUUACAGUUAGGUUUUUUAGUGAAUUUUAUGGCGUUUCCGGUCAUCUCAGGGUAUAUGUCUGCUGCAGCACUCAUCAUCGGAUGUGGUCAGUUGAAGCUCAUCUUUGGACUGAAAAAUGUUCGGAGAUCCUUCAUCUGGAACAUCUAUGAUACAUUCAGGAAACUUCCAGAAACAAAUCACUGGGACCUGACUCUGGGAAUUAUAUCUUUUGUCAUCCUGUUAAUAAUGAAGUGGUUAAAGGACAGAAACUGGGACAAAGACAGGGACCCCUUCACACCCCUCACCACAAGGCAGAGGGUUGGGAGGAAGGCUGUCUGGCUCAUAGGAACUGGAAGGAAUGCUCUUAUUGUAAUUGUGACGACAAUCCUUGCUGGUAUUCUCUUCAGCAACAACAUUAAACCCUUCACAAUGACCAAAGAUGUGCCACCUGGGUUCCCUAAAGUGGGGCCCCCUAGCUUCUCUUACCAGCAUAACAACCAAACUGUAGAAGGGGAGGAGUUUCUAAGUAAUUUAGGAGCCGGGAUUGCAGUCUUACCUCUCAUUGCAAUACUCGAGACCAUUGCGUAUGGUAAAGCCUUUGCAAGUAGGAACAAAUACAGAAUAGAUGCUACACAAGAACUCUUAGCACUUGGUAUUGCCAACAUAGUGAGUUCGUUCUUCGGGUCGUACCCCAUGUCCUGUAGCUGCUCCAGAACAGCCAUCAACUCCACCAGUGGGGUCAGGACUCCUUUAGGGGGGAUCUUUGCAGGGUUGCUGGUGAUCCUAGCUCUAGCAUUCAUCAUGCCAUAUUUCCGGUACAUCCCCAGUGCAGUACUAGGAGCAGUCAUCAUUGCCUCAGUUAUCAACAUGUUUGAGUAUCAGGUCAUCCCCAAACAGUGGAGGAUACACAAACCAGACUUGUUAGUGUGGAUGGUGUGCUUCUUAUGUGUGUUGUUUCUAGGAAUCCAGUUUGGCAUCCUUGUUGGAGUGGGCCUGGGACUGGUUAUUGAGCUGUAUGGAUUAGCCAAACCUGGCACAAAGGUUGACACAAUUGACUGCUGCCCCAAGAUCGUGGUAGUCAAGUUUGACAAGGGGCUGUCUUUCCCUGCCUCAGACUUCAUUGUCACCACCAUUCACGAUGCUGGAUUGGAUGAGCCACCCUACAAACCUGUCAUUCUAGACUUUGCCCAUGUCUCCCAUCUUGACUUCAGUGUUAUCAGGUCUCUUGCCCUCUCCGUUGAAGAGUAUGCCACAAACAACACACCAUUAUAUUUUGCCUGUGUCAAUAGGGAUUUGGAAGCAAAGCUCAAAAAGGCCAGUAUUAAGAACCUACAGUGUUUUCCUACAGUCCAACUGGCUACAGAGGCAAUUCUUGAUGAAGGCGUACAUGGGUGUAUAGGCAUGGGUUUCAACGAGGGGCAAAACCGGGGAACCCGGAGAAUAACCCUCGGUACAGGUGCAACAAGAGAAGACGGAGAUGUGCACCAGCCCAUACUGAUGACAGAGGUGUCCUUGGACCAUCUGGACGUCUCCAGCGACACAGGAGAAGUUCUGCAGAACCACACAUCUCACUCAGACAGAGACAAUCAUGAGACAACAGUCUAGUCAACAGCCUGGAAAUGACUAUCACCGCAUCCUCUCCUGCCAAAGCUGCCACUUGUACUACCUGUUAUGCAAAAACAGGCAGAGGCCCUGGCUUUCCAGCCUACAACCUGUCCUUCUGGCAGUGUUAGUGCUAGCCAACUGUCAGCCAAUCAGAUUCUCUGCCCUAGCCCUGCUGUUGUUCCCAGGAAAGUUGCCAGCCAAUCAUGUUGCUUAUUAUUGUGAAGAGGCAUUGUGAUUGGAUGGUAACUUACCCAGAAAUGGCAGCUGGAAAUGCAUGUUACCAGAAGGGCUGAUUACAAACUGUUAGACCAGGGCUACUGCUUACAGAAUACAAAUGUACAUGUACACAAGUGGUGGCUCUGGCAGGAGAGAAUACAUCACUCAUGAUGUGCUGUAUGACAAAGCAAUCUAUUUGCAUUCUUCUACAUGAAGCAUGAGAAUAAGUAUGACCAUAGCAAUAUGAUGAUAUUGUUUUGAUGAAUGCUAAGUCUGUGAAAGCAAAAAAGUCAUAAAAUAUAGCAAUAUUUUUGAAGAGGGUAAAUUUACCUAAUCACACCGCAAAAAUUAGCACAUUUGAAUAUGAACUCUCUAUCUCAACCAAUAUAAUAUACUUCAUUGCCAAUGAAAGUGCAGGGACACAUUGUUUAACACAGACUGAGAAAGUUACAGGUAGCUGUAGGACUGAUCUCAGAAAAUAUUAGCCAUAUUUUUUGUAAUUUUAAAAAUGGAGUGUCAGUAACAAAUCAGAAUUGACCAUUCUUUGGUAGGGUAAAUGGGACAUGUGCAACAAAUCAAAGGGAGGUUCCUGACUGUCUCGCAUGCACUAUUGACUGUCAGGAACGUUUAUUACUCACAAUACUCUAUAACUUUGACUUAAUGAUGAUAGUGCCUUAGCUACUGCUGCUACCAAUGGUGUGAUUCCGUGGCCAGCAAUCUACUUAAGACAUUGUUUUCACUUUUCAUUGGGACUGAUAUUGGAGUCUUGAAGGCAAUUUGAUGAUGUUUGACUGCAUGGAGGGUGACACAAAGAUUUGUGUGAAAAGGACACAACCUUCAUAACAUGUAUUGAAACUUGAAGUGUGGGACUUAUUUUUCUAUUUUGGAAAGUAUUUUCUAGACUACAUGAGAUGUGGAUAUCCCAUAUGUGGAUUCUAUAUGAAUGACUUUUAGACAUAAAAAAGCUGCCUUGAUACGUUUGCACAAUUGUGUAAGUUUUUUUCAAGAGAUCAAAUUUAUGUGGCCAAAGUAUAGAAAUCGACUGUAAUCCAGUACAGAAAAAAUAUAGUUGUGUUCAGGUAACUGGUGUAUAGAGGUCCACAAUAAGUGGUUAUAGUAGGAAGUAGAGUAUGUGGGAAAGGACAACCUCAACCCAACUGCAUACACUUAUGCCACAUCUUCAGAAAAGACGUCUUUUUUGAAGAUGUGGCGUGUGUGUGGUUGGUUGGUUUGAGGAUGUCCUUUCCCACGUACUCUACUGGUUACAGUAGGAAUUGUUUGAAAAAAGAGGUGAUCAAAAUGGUAUCAAAAUUGUGUAUGUUGCAGAAUUGAGAAUAAGCCUUAGGGUUUUGCAGUGCAGUGAUGUGCCUUGUAAAAUGAGCAAAUAUACUGGAGACAGAAUAUACUUUGCUACUUAAUAUAAAUUAUAGUAUUUUGCCAAUUGUUUUAUCAAGGUAUCUAUAUGAGUACUAUUCAUUAUGAAAAUACAUGUGUAUGAUGCUCUCAAAUGUAUCAGUGUAUGAUAAAUACUAAUGCUUAAUAGGGAAACCUAUUCAUUACAUAGGUCCUAUGGACUUCUUGUAACAGCAAGGUGAAUAUUUCAACGUUCUAGUUGUUGACUGAUUGAUUUAAUAGCUCAUUAAUGGGAAUUACCAUGACUGAAGCCGCACAGUGUAUACUUGUCACCUGCUAUUAAUUAUCUUUAUUAUUCAGUUGUAACACUAAUUGCAACAAAGUUAAUGAAAACAUUGUUGCAUUAUUUAUAUAAUGAUCACAAUAGUCUGAAAUCCAACCUUUACACUGAAUGUUUGUGGGUGCACAAUAAAGGUGACUGAUUUGAAAAGAA